AUUUUUACAUUGAUACACGAUUCAAGUCGGACACAAAUAAAAAUGGUGGUUCAAUAGAUUAGAUUUCUCUGAUCAAACUGUUUAUUGAAAUAACACGCGAACCUAUAUAAAACUGUACAAGAAAUAGCAAACUUUUUUAUAUUUUAUGUCAUUGUUACUAUAAAUCUGGUGCGAUUACGUGGUGCGUUGGAAAGAGUUGUGUUUGACAAAUAACAGGUUGUCGGAGACACCGAUUUCGCUACAGUUUUGUAUCCAAUGUGUUGUUUUUUAACUGCAAUAAGUUUGUAUGCUGUACCGAUAUUCAAUUCAUUAAGAAAGUGAAUAUUUUAACCAUGAUUAGUUCAGUUUAGUGGGAAGAAAGUUAACCAAAGACUUGGAAGUAAACUGGGCAACUGUUCUAUUCAAUCAGCAUGUGACCCAAAUCUGAGAUUUCUCUUCUUUGUGUUCUAUUGCUGGGUUGAUGUUAAUACAGUGAAAAAUUAAAUAUAUCGAGAAGAAGUAUACCGGGUGGCGGUCGGAGCGGCGAUCCUCGGCAAGGACAUGAUAUUUUAUGAACUUGUCACGGUUGACUACCUGUACAGCUCAGUGGGGGUCAGGUGCACUACGCUGAAUAUCCCCAGUUUUAAAAACAUCCACUGAAGUUUAGUCUUACUCGAAGAUACUUAUCAACACUGAAUAAAAAUACACAAAUAAGAUUGCUGUGGAUACAGAGAUAACAUAGAUCUGUGUUUAUCUGAGAUGUAUGUAAACACAUACAAGAGUAUGAAACAAGUGAAAAGCAUUGUGCUAAAAUGAAGAUCAGCUGUAAAUAUCCAGUAUUGAGCCACAAAGAGUAGGACAAUGUUGCAAAAUGGCUCAUUCUGAAAAUCACAGAUAUAUUGUGCAGGUGUAUGUGGGAGCACUGUCCCCUCACUACGAGGCCUUGUCGGUGGAAGCUUCGAAGCAGACCAGCUCUGAAGAAAUCGUCUGCUGUAUCACUGACAAACUUGGCUUGACCAAUGGAUCCGGUGGACCCUAUGAAUUGGCCGAGGUGGUGGGGGACAUGCUCAGCGGCGAGUGCAAGGAGCGCCGACUCGGGCCCAAUGAGUCGCCCGUCGCUGUCAUGCUGCUGUGGCCCCACAAUACCAGCUCGGGACAGUACUACAGAUUUUAUCUUCGCGAGAAGAUUCCUGACGAACCAUGGAUGGAGAACUUCUCGGUGGACCCGCAGCUGAUAAAGGAUUACUUCCAGCGAUUCCUGUAUCAGCCGAAAGAUCGCGAGUAUCCCGACCUCUGUCAGCUGCCAGAGCUCAACGAACAGACGCUGCUCGAUAACUUGAGGGCGAGGUUCUCGGCCGGCUACAUCUACACAUAUGUUGGUUCCAUAUUAAUAGCACUCAACCCAUUCAAGUUUUACCCGAUCUACAAUCCGAAAUAUGUGAAGCUAUAUCAGAACAAACGGAUAGGAGGGUCCAGUCUUCCUCCUCACAUAUUUGCAGUUGCCGACGCCGCAUAUCAUUGUAUGCUCCGAGAGCGAACUAAUCAAUGCAUAGUAAUCAGUGGAGAGAGUGGAUCAGGAAAGACUGAGAGUACGAAUUUUCUUCUACAUCAUCUGACAGCGUUGAGUCAAAAGGGGUCUCAUGGUAGUGGUGUGGAACAAACAAUACUGAGUGCUGGUCCAGUAUUAGAAGCCUUCGGUAACGCAAAAACUGCCCAUAAUAAUAAUUCCAGUCGAUUUGGAAAGUUCAUCCAAGUUAAUUACAAAGAGAAUGGCAUGGUGCAUGGAGCCGUUGUACAAAAAUAUUUGCUGGAAAAGUCAAGAAUAUGCAGUCAAGGUCGGAACGAGAGGAAUUAUCAUGUGUUUUAUUAUUUAUUGGCUGGUGCGUCGGAGCAGGAGAAGGAACAGUUGCAUUUACUCAGUGUGGACAAAUAUAAUUAUUUAUCGAGAACUGGUUGUAGUGAGGUGCCCGGUAUUGACGAACAGUAUGAGUUUUCGCGGUUAAAACAAUCUAUGGAGAUGGUGGGCUUCACGAUGGACAAGCAGCGGCGAUUAUUUGCUGUCCUGUCAGCAGUGCUGCUUCUAGGCAAUGUGGAGUUCCAACCGCAAAGGAAAUCCUACCACCACGACGAGGCUGUGGGCGUACGGAACCCUGAAGUGGUGUCACUCAUAUCUUCACUGCUGCGGGUCAAACAAGAGACGCUGUUAGCUGCCCUCACGUCCAAGCGAGCCAGGGCUUCGGGGGAAACACUCGUCAUUAAUUACAGGUUGCCAGAAGCUAUAGCGACACGAGACGCUAUGGCCAAGUGCUUGUACGGUGCUCUUUUCGACUGGAUCGUGAUGCAGGUCAACCACGCUUUGCUCUCUAAAAAGGACACGCUUAGGGAACAUCAGGGACAUAGUAUAGGCGUUCUGGAUAUAUUCGGUUUCGAGGACUUCGGUCUGAGCAACAGCUUCGAGCAACUGUGCAUUAACUACGCGAACGAGCAUCUACAGCAUUAUUUCAACCAGCACGUGUUUAAGUAUGAACAAGAGGAGUAUAAGAGGGAAGGCAUACCCUGGACGGAUAUAGGGUUCUCUGAUAAUACAGGGUGUUUGCAGCUCAUCGAGGGAAAGGUUAACGGAUUGCUGUGUCUGUUGGAUGAUCAGUGCAAUUUCCCAUGGGCGACCAAUGAGACGCUACUACAGAAGUUCAACUCUGUGCAUGAGAACAACCCGUUCUAUGAGAAGCCACAGAGAAGAGAACCGGCAUUCGUUGUCAGACAUUACGCCGGUAGAGUCAAGUAUCAGGUAACAGCAAUGCGUGAGAAGAAUCUAGAUCUAAUGCGGCAAGACAUCGUCAGCGUACUGAAGAACUCCUCGCUGGCUUUCGUCCGAGAGUUGGUUGGUGUCGAUCCUGUAGCCGUGUUCCGCUGGGCUAUAGUGCGAGCUUUCUUUAGAGGUUACUUCGCGUUCCUGGAGGCAGGCAGACGUCACCGCGUGCAGCGCGUGGACGGCGCCUCGCGCCUGCCCCGCGCCUCCAUCCACGCGCCCAACGACACCAUCAUCAGAGCGGGCCACAGAGCCGCCAGUAAGCCGCGCGAGGCGAGCCGCCCCGGCGAUAGUAAGCCCCGCGCCGACGCGGCCGGAGCUCGGGACCGCGGCAAAGGGGCAAAACAUUACAGAAUCGCCGAGACGCGCACGCGGCGGGCGGAGCGCGACGAGCGCUUCGACGACAGCGACGUCAUGCAGCGCGCCAGCCAGAUCGUCAUGAAAAACAAGUCAUUUAGGCCGAGAGAGCGGGCGAAAAAGGGUUUAAAGAAUCUUCAGAGCGUGAAAACGUUAGCGGGUCGGACGGCGGCGCCGGCGGGCAAGCGGAAACAGCCGCAAACUGUCGCCGCGCAGUUCCAACACUCGCUAUCCGCGCUCAUGGACACCUUGAACCAGGCCAAUCCGUUCUUUAUUAGAUGUAUAAAAUCAAACGGCGAGAAAGUCCCGCACGUUUUCGACGAUGAAACCGUCCAGCGACAAUUACGGUACACGGGCAUGUUAGAAACGGUCCGGAUCCGGCAAGCCGGGUACAACGUGCGACUGACUUACGAGGAGUUCAUACAGUUGUACAGGAUACUACUGCCGAAAGGACUGCUGAGCUCACAGACUGAUGUCCGACACUUCCUAGCCACGCUCAAUCUCGAUAGGGAUAACUAUCAAUUAGGUGCAACAAAGAUCUUCAUGCGCGAAAGCGAGCAGACGAAGUUGGAGUACCGGCUGCACCAGCAGAUCAUGGCGUCCAUCAUCACCAUCCAGCGCUGGUUCCGCGCCGUGCUCGAGCGCAGGCGCUUCCUCGCGCUGCGCCGGGCUUCCGUCGUUAUACAGUAUUUUUGCAGACAAUGGCUAUCAGCUCGUCACGAGGCAGCCUUGCGCCUUCAAGCGUGGUACCGCGGCGCUCGCGUGCGUUGCUGGGCGCGGAAACUACACCGCGGCCUCAUCGCCUUCCAAGCCGCCGCCAGAGGGCACUUGUUACGCAGAGCUAUUUGUGCCAGAAGAGCCAUCGGGGACUCUGAGCAUGACGGCCGCGCGCCGCCCGACAGCGUCACGCUCAGGCUCGCCAACAAGGACCCGCUGUAUAUCUUACGUACGGAUCAAGAAAACUCAAGACAACUGAGAGCUACACAAUCAUUGCCGAUACCAAGGGUGGAGAAGAAACGGGAUAUUCUCAUAGAUACUAUAGAAAAUACAAAUAUUCAAAAAGUGAAAAAGAGGGUGUCCAAGACAGAUCCGCUAAAACAAACCAGCACAAGCCUUAUACCCAAAGAAACAAGCGAAUGUUCCACGGAGGAUGAACGCUGGAACGUGACCGCUAACAGGUACCCACAGGCCGCGGUCACUCUGCCCAAUAAGAUUACGCCCGAAGACUUGGCCGAUGAACUGCUGUGGUUGAGGCUCGAUCAGAACUAUCUCAUGACUGAAAAAGAUGCUAUUACUAAGAAAAGAGAAAAACGGGAGAAAGAGUUGGCGGAACUUUUGGAGACAAUAACGAGUAGCAGUGAAGAGUACCUUAGACAAAUUGGAAACUGGAAUCCUUCUGACAAUACAGAAACCAGUAAAACUGCUGCGAGACGCGGUUCAGCGGCUGUGUAUCAGCGCAGCGUGUCGAGCGCGACGCUGGAGGGCCGCGCGCUGCACUCGCUGCCGCCCGUGCGCCGCGACCCGCGCGCCGCGCAGCCGCCGCAGCCGCUCACCGCCACGCUCUCCGCCACGCUACCCGCCGCGCCCAGGACUGACACAGGUAUAUACAGCGCAGCGUGUCGGCGCUGCACUCGCUGCCGCCCGUGCGCCGCGACCCGCGCGCCGCGCAGCCGCCGCAGCCGCUCACCGCCACGCUCUCCGCCACGCUACCCGCCGCGCCCAGGACUGACACAGGUAUAUACAGCGCAGCGUGUCGGCGCUGCACUCGCUGCCGCCCGUGCGCCGCGACCCGCGCGCCGCGCAGCCGCCGCAGCCGCUCACCGCCACGCUCUCCGCCACGCUACCCGCCGCCGCAGCGUGUCGGCGCUGCACUCGCUGCCGCCCGUGCGCCGCGACCCGCGCGCCGCGCAGCCGCCGCAGCUGCUCACCGCCACGCUCUCCGCCACGCUACCCGCCGCGCCCAGGACUGACACAGCAGGCAGCGCGGAAUCAGUGAGUAACGCAGAGGGCGUAGCCCCGGCGCCGCCCGCGCGUACCGCCCGGCGCUCGCCGCGGCGUUCUUCUCGCGGCCCGCCGCCAGAUAUCAUUGUCGACGCCUCGCUCUCUCUGCACGACCAUGACAUUAAACGAGCGGCAUCAGAACAAAUAAGCGGUCUAGUAGCGGGCGCGGUGCCGAGCGCGACUGUGUCGGCGGCGGCCCUGCGGCGCCGCAACUCCGACCCGGCGCCUGGUGACGUGAGGCCGCUCGACCCGCGCUCCACUGACUUUAUUGGCCAGACAGGGAAUGGACUCUUCCGGAUUGCUGGACACAGGUUUCGCAAAGGCACGCGAUUCGCGAAAGGAGACAAAUGUGUGUACUGCCAUCAAGCUAUCGACGCCUUCAUUACACAAGGGCAACGAUGUAUCGACUGCAAACAGCUGUACCAUACAAAAUGUAUACAAAACAAGGGUGUCAUCACCAUGCCGUGCUCCAGCCCCGUCACAGUCGCCAACAGAGGUCGCCACAAGAACAGAAAGAGAAUCAUUUCCAACUCCAAUUAUAAUUUAUUAGAUAACUCCAAAGGUUCGGUCAGUUCCAACUUCAAUCUGACGGGAACUUCGGAGUUUAUGGAUAGAACAGAUAAGAUUAUAUCAGACGCGACUGAGCUACAAGCAAUGCAGAACUUUAUUACAGAGAAGAUUUACGAAAUGGAACCGAAUGAGAAGAAGAAACAGUCAGAGGUUGACAGGGUAUUCAAACACGCGCUAUUAGAAUUCAAAGACAACUUAGUAGCGACAUACAGUAUCGUAGAGACUCGGGGGUCUGCGCUCAAGUACAAAGAUCUCAUAGGGAACUUCUUACACGUUAUGGAAACUGUAUGUGCCAGGGAGGGUUCCACGUUGUCUAUAACGAUGGGGGUCAACGCCUUUAGGGGGUUCAUGGACGAAUUUAUGAGUCAACACGAAACGGAUAAAGCGAGAACGAAAAGAAAAAAGGAUAAAAAGAGAAAGGUGGACGACCCCAUACAAUACAAAGGUCAUACGUUCAUAUUGUCUAUGAUCAAUAUACCGACGGAAUGCGAGAUCUGUAAAACCUUCUUCAUGUGGCCCAUAGAGCGGUCACUCAUAUGCCAGACGUGUAAACUUGCCUCACAUAAGAAAUGUUAUACUAAGGUAUCGACGUUAUGUCGUAAAGAAAACCAGACGCCAUCGGCCGCGAUAGUAGGUGCUGUGGACGCGGGCGGACGAGAACAAAUGGGCGUUGUUACGAGAGGAAAGGUGUUUGGAAUACCUUUAGCGGACCUACCGACCGGAGAAAGCAAUAUUCCCAUAGUAGUGGACAGACUGAUCACCACGAUAGAAAUGACUGGCCUUUACACUGAAGGCUUGUACAGAAAGAGUGGACUUAGUUCUAAGGUACGCGAGCUGCGUCGCUUGCUGGACGAGUCGCCGGAGGCGGGCGCGGACCGGCUGGACGCGUACGCCGUGCACGUGCGCGCCUCCGUGCUCAAGACCUUCUUCCGCGAGCUGCCCGAGCCGCUGCUCACCUUCGAUCUGUAUGAUGACUUCAUCCGGGCCGCGCAGAUCUCUGACCCACAGGAACGAGUGUCGACAAUAUUCACGAUAUUGAGAAAGCUACCGAAACCAAACUUCGAUCUUGUUGAGAGGUUAAUAUUCCACUUAGCGAGAGUGGCUCUUGGAGAGGAACACAACAGGAUGGGUCCGAACGCGCUGGCGAUAGUGUUCGCGCCGUGCAUCCUGCGCACGCACAAGGUGCAGCCGGCGCAGGCCUCGCUGCACGACAUCGCGCGGCAGACCGCCUGCCUCGAGGCCAUCCUCGUCGACAAGAUGCGCACCGUCCGCGGCAUGCUGCAGGACAUCGCGACGCUGGACACGGCGUGCCACACGGCCACGUCGCGCCUGUCCACGCUGCGCUCGCACUCGCUCGCGCCGCGGCCCGAGGAGCAGAUCCUCGUCGGACACAUCCACGAGAUACAGAAGGAGAAGGCCAUCCUCACCUCCAACCUGCCCACACUUAUCAGAGCAACGUCAGACGACGACCUGCUGUCGACGACAGACCACGACGGCGAGCUGGGCAGCACGGACGACCUGAGCACCGGCGCCAGCUCCAUCCGCUCGCAGCGCCUGCUGCACCGACAGCUCUCCUCCGACGACCCCAUCAUGGUGUAGCCGCCACACCAGCCACCACGCCAGGACCAUACAUCAUCAUAUGGAUAAUGACCGAUUCGUAGUCACAAACAAUCGGCAAAAAUGUCCACGUUUUGCCAUUUAAAAAACUGUUGUCAAACAAUGCGCCAAAACAUAAGUUUCGCAUUCCCAAAUCACAACUCACAUUCCUGACAACGUAUAAAUAAAUUAGAUACAAUGUUCCUGUGCUUGUUCCUUCACAUUUUUAAAUUGUAAGGAUGCAAAUGAAUGUUACAUUACUGUUAAGUUUUAUGAAACGGACCGUGAAGUAUUUAUUUUAUAUUUACGAGCUGUCCCCCUUUCUAAAUGUUAGUGACCAAGUAACUACUUAUAGCCAUCGAUGUGAGCAGAUUGUUCAUGGUUUAUCGUGUACUACAUCUGUGCUGUGUAACUGAGCUCUGUUUAGACGAGUAUACAUGUGCUAGCAGUAGUGACACACGGCUACUGUAGAUAUUGUCGUAGCCGCUGUACUCUGUACUUAGACGUAGUGAUGAGCUUAUUUCUGUAAGUCAUAAGUCGCCGCAACAUCAGUGACUGCCCAAACAAGUGAUGUAUGAUGAAAAUGAUAUUUUUUCGUACAUGAAAAUAUUUACACCCGUCUUUGCACUAAAAUAUUUUAUGAUAUAUUUUCCCUGUGUAAAUAUGUAAAUCUUGUCUAAAGGUGAUUUUAAAAUCUAUAGCAAUGUCGCUCUUCUGUCAAUAGUUGGAUAAAUAAAUGACAUGUGACUGUAUUUUUCAAAAUUUUCAUUUAGUAAGUAGUUUAAAUCUUGUUGGCUCUCGAUUGUUGAGUGUAUUCAUUCCAUUUAAUUUAAUGCUUAUAAUAGGCAGGCAUGUCGCGGUUAUCCACUUGUUGACACAGAAGAAUCAUUUAUUGUUGUUGUUCUGUUCAGUGUCGGGAUCAGAACUGACAAAAACACUGAAUAGCAAGAAGUCGAUAAAGUACAGCAAGCGAUUAUCGACUAAAAUAUAUUGUUGUUCUAAAUUAAUUGGUGACACGCCAAUCCAAAGACAUCAUUAUAAUGAGGUUUAGAAUUACGUUUUGUGAUCUACUACUGUGACUAGGUAAUUAUCAUGUUCAAUUCCAAACUAUACAAGGUAUCAAUUAAUUAUUUUUAAACCAAAAUUUUUAACUAAUUUCUUUACGUCGCAUUGAAGACGAGUUUAAUUGAAAUCUAUUUUAACAAUUUAUAUAUUGUAUGUGAAUCAAAAAUGAAUGUUUUGUGAUCCAUUCAGACCUUAAAAAUAUAAGUUAUGUUUUGACAUAUUUCUAUGUUAAAUAUUAUUGCCUGAGUACUUAUUGUUGUUACAUGUCCGACAUGUAAUGCUUAUUUUAUGUAAUAUUUAAAUAUAACACGAACACUUCCUCUCGUAUGGUACUUGGCUCUCAGCAAGAUUGUUAAGUUUCUACAAUAAGCUGAUACGAUUAAACCAUUAUCUAAAAAUUAUCAUAAACACCAUGUACCUUGCCUCUAUCUUAAUUUGCUUUCAUAUUCUAAAAGACUGUCUUAAAAUAAGCUACUGAAUUUAUUGUUAAGUCACAAAUAUUUUACCCGCUUUUUAUUAAUUAGUUGUAACAAUUUACUAUACAAACAACGAAUUACUCUGUGACAACUUGUAUUGUUUGUAAGCCUCUUGUUUUAAUUAUCGUCUGUGGACAUACUAAAUAGCUCAAUAUUUAUGAUGGACUGUUUUAACAUAAACUAACUAUUUAUGUAUAAAGCUAAUUAGCUUACAAAAUAUCAGUAAGUAACAUUUUAAAGCCACAAAAUUUGUUUGAAUCUCACAGUUGAUACUGAGGUGUACCUUUUGAGCAAUUUACAGAGAACAGAAAGCUAAAGGAAAACUAUUUUAAGACUUUUUGCAUUUGUUGAGUAUUUAAAAUUAAACAACCAUUUAAGCGUGCAUGUCUCAUCAAGGUGCCGAACAAAUACUAUAUUUUUAUGUAAAAAAAUCUUGAUUCUCUUUUAUUGGGGUUGUGUCGCAGUAAUCUAGUGUACUUUCUGUGCCUUCGUCUAGUUUGCUUUCAGCAGUCUCUAACUAGGCUACAUUCGUCUGAAAGUCUAGCUAUUGUUGUUGAUGGUUGACAUGAAUUAGCAUUCUUGUAUAGCGUUGUUAGCGUCAACAUUUAUAUUAGCCACGUACAUUCAACAUUGUUUUGACGUAAUUUAAAUAUAAAUGUGAUUAGGUCUCGAUAGCAUAUUCGUAUUUGUCUGUUUUCCGAGCUCCAAUUUCAGCGAACAUACUCAUAAUCAUAAUUUUAAAGUAAGUUAUUUUACAAGAAAAUAUUAAUGAAUGUGCAAUGUGGCUACAACUAGGGAUUUAUUGACACUUUAGAAGUGUAUGUAGAUAUUCGCCCGUUCUGUGUAAGGUUUAUGUAAAUAAUUUAUUAGUUACUAUGUCUUUAGUAAGGUACUAUUUUAUCUUAAGAACUGCUACAGUCUUUGCCACUGUUUAUUUGUGAAAGUGCCUAUCAGUCGAUUCAGUUAACAAUUUGGUGCAUUAUA